AUUUAAAUACAUCCCUAAUGAAAUUUGAGUGAAUUCACAUGGUCACUUUGUCCAGUAGGUUGUUUCUCAUGUGGCAUCACCGAAACUAUUUGCACAUGUACUUCAGCUGUUUUUCAUCAACAAACAGAGGAAUGUAAAUAAUAUUCGUGAAAAUUGUUACGAAGUUUAAAAUCAUAAAAUACUUAGUAAACAAAUCGAAAAUUUUAUGUAUUGAAAUAUUCAUACAAUAUUUUAUAAUAUGGCCUUUGAAAUUUCUACUGAGAGUACAGUUCAACUUCCAGAAAGCGCAACAAACGAAGAAGAACUCCUACUAGCAAAGACAAAAAAUCCUGGAGAAACACCACCAAAUCCUUUAAGUAAAAAUCAAAUUAAGAAACAAAAAAAACUAAAGCUAUAUGAAACCCUUAAAAAGGAGCGUCGCAUUAAGGAGAGAGAAAAAUUAAAAGUACGACGUCAGGAAGCAGCUGCAAAAGGCCUGCCGGUACGCACAGGUCCAUCUAGGAAAGAAUUGAAGAAACGUACAAAAGCAUCUAUAGAAAACCCAAAUGCUCUAAAUGUCGCAAUUGAUCUCGAUUAUGAUGAUUUGAUGCAUGAUGGCGACGUGGCAAAAUGUAUUAAACAGUGUUUACGUAUAUACACAAUAAAUCGUCGUUCUCAUAAUCCGUGCAGAUUACAUUUUACUGGUAUUAAAGAAAAUGGACGUAUACAUAACAUAUUAAAAAAGAACGAUGGUUGGCAAAAUUGGAAUGUCGAUUAUCAUUUCAAUAAAACGCACAUAGAUAUUUUUGCGAAAAACCAAAUUGUUUACUUAACUUGUGAAUCUGAUACAGUUUUAGAAAAAUUAGAUGCUGAAUGUAUAUACGUAAUAGGCGGUUUGGUAGAUCAUAACCAUCAGAAAGGAUUAUGCCAUGAACGCGCUGUGAAAGCUGACUUAAAAACAGCAAGGCUCCCGCUCAGUGAAUAUGUUGAUAUGAAAACGCGUUCUGUGCUCAGCACCUUCCAUGUUUUUGAAUUGCUUGUUGGAGUAUAUGAAGGCAAAAGUUGGACUGAUGCAAUUCUCGAGACCAUACCAUUGAGAAAGGGUGCUAAGCCAAAGAAAUCAAAGGAUUUGAACUGUACUGAUGGGGACUCCGAUAGUAAAGUUGACCAACUACCGAGAUGAUAUUGGUGGUUACAACGUGCAAUAUUUUAAUAUUAAUGUGUUGUAUACAAUAUAAUUUUAAAGUGCAGAAAACAUUAAGUUUAUAAUAAUAAAC